AUGCAUAUUGUUGGUGUCGAUGUUGGUGGUACAAAUACAGAUGCGGUAUUACUACGGAUUGAAUCCAAUGAAUCUCCGAAAGUGGUGGCUACAGCUAAAACGGUGACAAGUUCAGACGUUUUUUCGGGCAUGCUUCAUGCGUUACAACAAAUCAUUAAUGAUAAGGAAAUAGCAGCCAUCAUGAUAGGUACGACACACUUUAUCAAUGCAUUAAUUCAACGACGAGGAUUGGCAAAAGUCUGUACACUACGUAUAUGUGGACCAACGACUCAUGCUGUAUCUCCAAUGUCUAAUUGGCCAACUGAUUUGAAAGAAACAAUUGAUGGUUUAACAGCGUUCGUAUCUGGGGGUUACUUUUUUGAUGGAUCAGAAAUUAGUCCGUUGGAUGAAGAAGAAAUUCGUUCAGUAAUUCGUCGAGCGCUGGCUCUUGAUAUUUGCUCUUUUUGUGUCUGUGGUGUUUUCUCACCUUGUCGAAACGAUCAAGAAAAACGUGUGGCUGAAAUUAUUCGUGAAGAAUCUACUACAGUAUAUAUUACUCUUUCGCAUGAAAUUGCCGGUCUUGGCUUGUCUGAACGUGAGAAUGCUUCGAUACUCAAUGCUUGCCUUCGUCCAUUAGCUAAGCAAACAAUUGAAGCGUUGCAAGAAGCUCUUCCUGGAGAUGUACCCUGUUUUCUUACUAGAAACGAUGGUACUCUAUUAUCAUCAGAGGAUUCAAGUCGUUGGCCUGUCUUUACUUUUGCUAGUGGUUCUACCAAUUCUAUGAUUGGUGCUGCCCAUCUUAGUGGUAUUAAGGAUGGCAUUGUUAUUGAUGUUGGAGGAACAUCCAUUGAUAUUGGAGUGAUUGUAAACGGACGACCAAGACAAACAAUAACAAAUGUACGAUUGAUUGAUGAUAUUCGAGUAAAUAUUCCCGUGGCUGAUGUUGUUUCUCUACCAUUGGGUGGUGGUACUAUAAUUCAUGUCAAUGAAAAAGAACAAACGGUACAAGUUGGACCAGAUAGUGUAGCCUAUCGACUUGAUCAAGAAGCAUUGGCUUUUGGUGGUGAAACGAUCACUGGAACUGAUAUUGCUUUAGCUGCUGGAUUAGCUACAGGAAUUGGUCAUUGUUCUGUCAAACUGUCUAGUUUUAUUGUUGAACAAGUUCUCGAUUAUGUCAAAGAGUUAGUGACAAGAAACAUCGAACGUAUGAAAACAAAUAUAGAACCAGUUCCAGUGAUCUUAUGUGGUGGAGGAUCGAUUCUUAUCGAUAUUAAUCAAUCAUUUCCAGGCGUUACACAAAUGGUGCGAACAGAUCAUUUUGCCGUUUGUAAUGCUGUGGGUGCUGCUCUUUGUUCGAUUAGUGCAAGCAUGGACCUAAUUGUCGAUCUACUUCCAUCGUCUGUUGACGGAGGUCAGCAACGUAAACAUGUAAUUGAUCAAUUAAUUGUUGACGUACGUCAAAAAUGUAAAGAAAAUGGAGCUCGAUCAAACACUAUUCAUUUAACUGACUUAGAACAAAUACCAUUAGCAUAUCAUCCUGGUGGGUAUAAACAUCGAGUUCAAUUAACUGCAAUGGGACAACUCGAUUUGGAUAAAUUCAAUCGAAACGCUCGAGAGACACAUAGAGAAAAGUUCAAUCCUAAAAUAAAAAAAGAACCACCAUCUACUAUUAAACCACCGAUUCAUAUUGAUUUGACAAAAAAACGACCAACAUUCGAUGAAAAUGGAGUUUGGUGCAUCGAUGCCAUUGACAUUGAAUAUAUUGCUUAUGGUACAGGCAUUCUUGGUAGUGGUGGUGGAGGUGAAUCAUAUCAUUGCAAAUUAUGGUGUCUUGAUUUGCUUCGCGAAGGUAAAUAUAAAAUGCGUGUAGUACCUCCAUCGUACUUUGCUGCGUCGUCGGAUUUAUUUGUGGAUGUUGGUUUUAUGGGUGCACCUACCGUCUCUCAUGAAUUGCUACCCAAUGGUCACGAAUGUUUAGAAGCUGUCAAUGUUCUUGAAAAGUAUCUAUCAACAACUAUUGCCGGUAUUUUCACAGGAGAAAUCGGUGGUGCCAAUGGUAUGAUCGGGUUGCUUGUGGCAGCCAAGAAAGAUAUAUUUUGUAUCGAUGGAGAUUCUAUGGGUCGAGCAUUCCCUUAUCUAAAUCAGUGCUUGAGUUUUAUUCACGGUCUACCUGCAACACCUUCUUGUUUAUGUGAUGUACGCGGUGAGACAAUUAUUGUUGCUGGCGAAAGUAUUUCAAGUUCACAAGAAUUGGAAGAGGUUUUUAGAAAAGAAUGUACAAAACGAGGUCUUUGUGUCGGCGUUGCGUUUCCUCCAAUUCAUGGUACACAACUAGAAGAAAAUAUAUUGCCCUAUAGUCUUUCUCGAGCAUGGUUUCUUGGUGAAGCCAAAUUCAAUCAUCGUAUUGAUGCUAUUCAAGCUGUAGCUCGUGCUGGACAGGGUCGCAUACUUAUUUCCGAUGGCACAGUGAUUAAUGUUGAACGACAUACUAGUGGUGGAUUUGCUCGAGGUCAUGUUUUUAUUGAAACAGGAGACCGAACGCUUAUUAUCGAUUUUCAAAAUGAAAAUCUUGUAGCUCGCUAUGAUAAUGGAGACAUCGCAGCUAGUACACCCGAUUUGAUUACACUUGUUGAAGAAGACACUGCUGAGCCAGUUGCAACCGAAAUUGUCAAAUAUGGUUGCCGUGUUUCAGUACUAGUCCUUCCAGCACCUGAACCAAUGACAACACCACAAGCGCUUCAAUAUGUUGGUCUUCGAGCAUUUGGCUUCGAUUUUCCAAAUUAUGCAUAUACACCUUCACAUGUCUCAAUCAAAUCUGUUUGGGAUGUUUUCUACAACAGACAUGAUGAUAAUCGAAAAUAG